AUGUUCAAAAAAAAAAAAAAUCCAAUCUAAAGCAGGGAAAGAAAAGCAGAGUCUGUUGAAAACAGAAUGAAAAAGGAAAAGAAACAGAUUGUAAAGCUCCCAAGCCUUGCACAUCACUCAGCAUAAAAAACUUAUCUUGAUUCAAUCCCUUCAUCCUUCUACCCAAUAUCAAGAAUCAUGCAUGAUUCAAUCGGAAUUCCUGCUUGUUUUUCCUCGGGCGAAAAGCAAUCUGAUGACGCUGCGACUGUGGGAAGAUCCGGACAGAGUGUCUUCAUGUCUGUCUACCGGACAAAAUUGGCGGGUCAGUGCCGGUUGAUCACCGUUACAUGGUGCAAGAAUUUAUUGCUCCACGGCCUCUGUGUCUCCGUUCAGGGUUCAAAAUCCGACGAGCAUCACCGGUGCAAAGUCGAGAUGAAGCCGUGGCACUUCUGGAGAAAACAGGGGUCGAAACAUUUGGUGGUUGAUGGCAGGGCAGUUAACGUCGUCUGGGACAUUAAGACUGCGAAAUUCAACGGCGAGACGGAGCCGCAGUCGGAUUACUACGUUGCCAUUGUUUGUGAAGAAGAGGUGGUUUUGCUCCUCGGCGAUUUAAAGAAAGACGCGUUUAGAAAAACCGGUUGCCGGCCGUCGCUAAUUGAGCCCAUCUUGGUGUCGAGGAGGGAACAUGUGUUUGGCAAGAAAAAGUUCUCAACAAGAGCUCGAUUGAAUGAGAAAGGAAACUUUCAUGGAAUCUUGAUUGAGUUUAAUGAUUCUGAUCAUGGGUCUGAUCCAAAAUUAGAGAUAAGGGUUGAUGGAAAAUUAGCAGUUCAAGUUAAGCAUCUUCAAUGGAAGUUCAGGGGAAAUGAGUCCAUAAGCAUAGGCAGAAAUGGGGUUGAAGUUUAUUGGGAUGUUCAUGAUUGGCUCUUUGAGUCUGGUCCAAGGCAUGGUCUGUUCAUAUUCAAGCCAAUUUCCUCGCCGCCGAUACGGGGGCAGCAGAUAUCAGUGUCAGCUCCGUCGUCACCUGAUCAUGAAGCACUGAUGAAUCCUCCACCAGAGAAUGAUGAUCGUUCCAGGUUCUGCUUGUUUCUCUAUGCUUGGAAAGUAGAGUGAUAUCUUGGUAAAUGAUGCUACCAUCAUCAGCAUCGUCACACCAUUAUCAUGCAUAGAUACAUGUAUAGGCUCCACGGUUUACUUAUAAUUUCUAAUUUGUAGUUUUUGUUUUCGAAAAUUUGGUAAUGCUAAAUCAAAAUAUAUAAGUUUGAUCAAU